AUGUAUCCUGUCUUUUAUGGAGGCACAGCUCAUAACAUAGUUAGAUACUCUGACGCAAGUGCCGAUGGAAAAUAUAUAAUUAUGUGUGGAGAAUCUUACAGCUAAAAUUUUAUUGAUAGGUAAAUUGAGGCAUUUAUGCUACUAGUAAAUGCUGAUGAUGGCACUUAUAUUUGGGGCAAAUAUUUCCAAGAUAAUGAGACAAAUUCUACGGGAUAUAUUGGAUUGAUUAACGUUUGCAAAUUUUCAAACGGGAACACUUAACAGAUUCUUGUUGCUGGCCAGAUUAACUUUUACCGACCAUUUCUAGGAAUCGUUAAAAUGGAUGGCAGCUUCCAAAUCGUAUAUCAAUUUUCUUCUAAAAUUGCUAAUGAUUUUGUUGGCUAUACUGCUCUGGCUGUAGAUAUAGAUCAGAGUGGGGCAUUGUAUGGAGGAAUUUACUUUAUGGGAAAAUCUCUCUAAGUAUUUAGAUUUAGCACAAAAAUAAAUAAUUUUGAAUGGUAGUAUCAGGUGGGCCUUGAUUUAAACUCUGAUUCAAUGAAUACUCCAACAAUGUGCCUUGAUUCAACAACUACUAAUUUAUACAUCGCAACAAGCAUAAAAUUCAAUGAUACUGCAAGCUAUAAUGCUUCACUUGAUCAAGAGUAUUCUAAUUCAUCCGUAAUAUAGCUAAAGGCAACAACUGGCGUUCUAAGUUGGUUUAAGAAAAAUAAAGCUUUGACAUCCUCGGGCAAAAUAGAGUGCCUCCAGUACAACUCAGGUAUAAUAGGAUGUGGUUCUUAUGUAGCUACAGUCCAAGUCUACAACCUAGGAAAGAAUGGAGAGACUCUUUAUGACUAUGAAUUUACAGGUGAUAAUCCUCAGUUUUGCGCAGGAAUAUAAGCAACUGAUACUUAAUUUUUCACUCUAGUUAGCUCUAUGUCUUCCUCUUACUCUAAUUCAGGCUAUGAGGAUGCAAUACUUAUGUAAUUUGAAUUAAAUGGUCGUUUAAAAAAAGGAAGAUACCUAACAUUUUUUUCAAACUAAAACCUAGGUAGAAAUCUAAUGAUGUUUUCAGAUGGAUCUUUUGCUUUCGCUGGUAGCACCAGAAAAGUUAAGGGAUUCAACUAUAUUAAUCUUGCAAUGUUCCUCUAUAGGACAAAUCCUUUUGAUGAUUCAUCAAGCUAUUCUUGUAUGAGCAUGAAUAAAAUUCCAAAUGAUGAUGCUUUCGGUUAUAAUAACAAUAUGGGUAAUUUUGUGGAUGCUCUUAACGCUAAAAAUCCAGGGCUUAAAAUGUAUUCUCCAAAAAGUCUAGAUUUUACUGUAAUCUUGAAUCUCUAAAAAUGGAACUUAAAAGCUAUUUACAAGGCCUAUCAAUUAUGCUUCGCAGUAAGCUUUUACAAUCCAUAUGAAAGCUUCACAGGAAAUCAAACAAUCAUUUAUAAUGAAAAGUAAGUAGAAUAGAACAGAAACAAUACAAUAGAUCCAGACGUCCAAGAGGUAUUUUCCAAAGCUCCAUAUGUCUACUACCUAGGCGAAAUUAACUAACAUAAAAAAUUGGGUGAUAAGUUUUAUAAGGAACUUAAAAGAUCUAGUAUGUCCAUAUCAUUGAACACAGGAGAUGUUUUACCUAAUUUCAUAACAUAUUUUGAGGAUAAGCUUAUAAUAGAGACUAAUUAGUAGUCAGAUAUUGGCUCUUAUAUGGUAAUGUUUACAGGCUGCUACAACAACUCAAAAGCUCUCUAUUACUAAGAAGUCAUUAUAAAAAAUAACACAGCUCCCUAUUCUAAAAUUUAACAGUUUUACUAUGAAUUUGAGUUAAAGAAAACUUAUUAAAUUACUAUCCCAACAAUCUAGGAUAAGGAGAGAAAUUCUGGGUUCACAUUAUCUAUGUAUUAGUCUGAUUUCUCAGCUUUGCCUUAUUUUUUCAAAGUAGACAGCAGAAAUAACAUUAUAAAUAUUAAUCCUUUAUCUAAAAUUGAUUCAGGUGAUUACACCAUAAUACUGAAGAUUGCAGAAACUGAUGCACCCUCAUAUUAUUCAGAAUAUGUGUUCAAAUUUAAGAUCUUUGAUCCAGAUACUAGAUAUAACUAAACAUAGGUACACAGUGAAGCUAAGCUUAAAGGGUACAUUCAAGACAUCUCUGAUGAUGGCUCAAUAAAAAUAACAUUCAACUAACUUAUAUCGAAACCACUUUAGUCUUAUGCGGAAAUAAGAGAUAAUAAUUUUAUUAAGCUAAGUGUGUCUGGCCCUCUUGAACCUUAUGAUUACAACUGGACUGUGUCUAAGAUCACAAAUAAAUACGUCCUAAUCAAAGUCCAAUUUAAAUAUCCUAAUCAGAUUGGCAUAUACAAUGACAAAGAGACAGUAAACAUUACUUUUAAUCCAUUCUUAAUUUAAACCAUAUCUGAGACUGGAAACUACUUGUCUAAUUUAAAUUACAUUACUGAUUUCGUUGUAAUUGUGAACCCAGACGAUCAACUUCUCACUAGCAUUAUUGGAAUAUCAGCUGCAAUGAAAGGAGUUAUUACAAUGGUAUUGGGAUCUUCUAUUCUUACAUGCUUUGCAUUUUUCAAUAUUAACUUGUUACCUCAUGUAUAUGUAUUCUAUGACAUGCUCAUGGCUUCUCAUUUUGAUAUGAUACCCUUCAAGGAUGCCAUUUAUCAAAAAAUCUAUGAAGAGGAGGUCACCUUUAUACCUAUAAACUACAACUUUAGUUUGUAUGGAUACGAUUCGUAGCUUUGCCUUCUCAAUUUAGCAGAUGUCUAUCUAGUCAUUAUAAUCUUCAUUGCCUACUAUAUUGUAUUUAGAGUUCUAGAUUAUGUUUUAACCAAAAUAACUAGAUGGAAAUUUCCAAAGGUGUAGAAGUUCUUAAAAGAUUCUAUUGCAGACUAUAAGUACAAUGGCAUUAUCAGACUAUUAAUGGAAACCUAUUUAGAUAUUGCUAUUUUCUCCUACAUGAACCUAAUUUAUUCAACAUUAUUCCCUAUUUGGAUGGCUAAUUUUAUCCACAAAAACAAUAAGAAGAUAGAAUUAAAUGACAAGGAAAUUGAGGUUUACAACACAAUCGUGAUUAAUUUGCAUAGCAUGAGAGUCAUGCCUAAAUAUUUCUCAGAGAUAUUUCUGAUAAGAAGGUUCUUUUACAUUUUACUUUUUGCGAUUCCACCUGAUCUUGUUGAUUUCUAGUUAAGUCUAAAUAUUGUUUAAUGCGUAGCUUAAUUGGGGUAUCUGGUAAUUGUUAGACCUUAUCUGGAAAAGAAGACAAACUUUUAAGAAAUAGUCAAUGAAAUAACUAUUUUAACAGUGGCAUGUCUUCUUUUUGGAUUAACUGAUGCAGUAAAAGAUUUCUAAACGAAGAAUAAAAUCGGCUGGAUUAUAAUCUACAUCAUUCUAGCAAACAUCCUCUUUAACUUGAUACUUGUCUUUUGGAUAGUUGGCUUGACGAUAAGAGAUAAGAUUAGAGAAUGCAGGAAGAAAAAAUACUAAGAUAAGAACUAAGAUCCUCUUGAUGAGAGAGAUAUGGAUGAUCAUCACAAGGCAACUGAGGAAAAAUUAAAAGGAACCUUUAAAGGAGGGAUAGAUCUUAGUAGAACUAAACACACUGAUGAUGUUAUGAUUUAAGAUUAUGAGGAAUCAAAGAUUGACGAAUCAAUCGACAUUGUAUUGAAAAGGAACAAAUAGAUAUUUAACACAGCUGAUGUUCGUCUAAGUAGUAGGGCUUAGAUAGCAUAAAAGACCAAAAUAUAUCAGGGAGAUGUUACAAUCGGCCUUGAAAGUAAUAAUGCUUAUAAUAUCUAGGAUGAAUUCGAAUAAGAUAUCAAGACUCUUGAUUUAUACAAACAAAAAAAGCAAAUAUAGAAAGAUUAAGUCAAAGAUAUCAAACAUGAAAUGGAGACUCUCAACCUAAAUAAAGAGACAAUCUUUAAAUACAACACUUAAAAUACCCAGCAUUCCUAAAAUAAUUCGCCUCCAGAAUAAAGUGCCUAAAAGUUGGAUAUAAAUGAGUUUAAGUAAAGAACACAGAAAUUUAAGAAAUUGGCAUAGAAAGAUAAAAAGAUUAAAAUAAAGAAGACUAGUAAUAUUAAACAGAAAAAAGAUUCAAUGGAUUUUGAUCAGCUUGACUCAUGA